GCAACAGAACAGUACGCGCGCUGGACGUAUCGGUGUGUGCGUGUGUGUGUGUGCGUGCGUACGCGUCGGCAGAAAGGUAUACGGACAGCGUCACCAGCGGUGAGUGUGUGCGUGUGUACGUUCCGAAAAUUGUUCAAAUCGAAGCACAAGCAACCAAGCAGCCAGAGAGAAGCGCAGACCAAGCGAAAAACGCGAACGCGGAGAUUUCCUUUCGGUCGUUUCGGGCAAAUUUGGACCGCUUUCCGUACGUGGACGGGCCGCAAAAGACGGUCCCGGAUCGGCGUAACCAUCGCGUGCAUCGAUUCGCUGUUAGUUUUAGCAUCCCCGGAGGGUUUUCAAUCUUGUACGGUCGGAAUCGGAAAAAAACAUCCAAGUAUUAUUCCCAACAAAGAGAGAAAGACGCUCGGUUUUCCCUGCACGGUGCAGGAGCACAAGGGCGCAUUGGUAGAGCGUUAGUUUAAACCGCGGUACGGAAGCCAAGACGGACACACCUGCCUGCAGGGGGGGAGAGUGACAGAGACCACGGUGUGGCCACGACACGGUCCACACGGUAAUGGCGUAAACCGGAGAAAAGUGGCCGUUUUUUGUGAUCGUGUUGUGUACCACGGACAUUAAAUGCUGGCCGCCGCCCCUCGCUCUCCUCUACUCCCCGGUACAUGUGUGUAUGUGUGUGUGUGUAAGCGCCUGGUGGUGCUGUGCGGCCUGCUUCGUCUUGGGGCACACGCGCACCGGAGAUAUAUUUCCGUACAGAUCACGGCAGGCUGCGACAUUUUUCCUAGAUUUUUUAGUGUGGUGUACCGUUCGGUCGUUUAGGGGGGGAUUUUUUUGUGGUCUCGGGUCCUCUUUGUGCCGUGUGGCCAGUCCCCAUUUCCGGCCCCCAAAAAGUACUGUGCGUGUGUUUGUGUGUGUGUGUGUGUGUGAGAGAGAGAGAGAGUAAAACGUGACCAAUGUGUGACGAGUCGUGUAGAGAAGGUGCGUUUCAGUGCAAAGUGGUGUGUUUCUGCAAACUCAAACAAUUUCCCUUCGAAUGCUAAGUCGGAAAAGCGCAAAGAACGUGGACCCGCAACAGAAAGGUGAACGCAAGCAAGCAAGAAAGCAAUCAAGAAUAAUCAAGCCGGGAAGCUGUUAAUGACGAGGAACGAUUUGGUGCGGGGUAGACAGGGUACGCACACACACAAAAACACACAUACACACAUACACACACAAAUGUUUGCAUCGAAAGGAAACCGAAACCGGCUUACAGAGCAGAGUGGUGGUGGUGGUGCUGCUGCUGUGGAUGUCGCCCCAUUGACGUCGUGGGAAAUGCUACCCCAUCGUUCCAUUUCACUUCCGUUGGGGUCUUGAGGUGUACUUUCCACACGCACUAGACUGCCGGAUGUGCCAGCCGCGGACUGCUCGGAUCUUAUCUGCACUGAGCCGGGGGGGAAUCGAAAUCGAAGCGAAUUCCGCCAACAGGGUCUCCCAGCAGAUCGGCAGAGGGCCACAACACGUCAAACAGAUCGUGCCUUCUUCCCAACUUGACGAGCCCGCUGCAAUUCGAACCUUCCGUUGCCAUAUCGACAGCAUCCAUCACCAUAUCCGUGUCCAGCAAAUGGUGCGACUAGAAGAGAGGUUCUCCCCCGUCGCGUCGUGCGCCCUGUGUUUUACUGUGCAGAGAACCUUUUUCGCUGAAACAACCCUCCGCAGACACCGUCACCUUCCACCUGACUGUCGCAAGGUUGUGCCACACUGACUGUCGCAGAUGCACAUAAUACAUUACACAUUACACGGAAAAACAAAAAGAAAUCAAUCAAAACAAUCUCAAUCCAGCGGUGUCGUGUUUGUGUGUGUGUGUGCGGCCGUGUGACAGUGACUGUGAAUGUGAUGCCGGUUCAAACACAAGUGCAUAAUUCGGAUUGUUUUUUUUAUGUCCUGCUUCUCGGGCUUGUUUUCCCACCCCUUAUCUUUACAACAGCUCACCAUUCAUAGCAAACAAGUGUGUGAUCAUGUGUGUGUGUGUGUGCUAUUUUCUUCUUUUUGGAAGCGUUUGUCCCUGUACUUCGGGUUGCGGUUUUAAGCAUUUUUGUUUGUUUGUUUGAAGGUUUAAACCGCCACCUGUUUGAUGGAUUAUUGUGGUUGUGCACAGGGGGAGAGGGGGGGGGGGGGGGGUGUAAUGAUGGUCACUAGGUGGCGGAAGACGGUGAAAACGACGCUAUCUAGACGCUAUAAACGCUCAGCACCGGGAUGUGUCCGUGACGUUUCAUCAUCUACCCGGCUGGGAAAGCGCCUUCGUAUGCGUGAGUGUGUGUUUCUAAUCAAAGUUUGUUGUGUAUCAUUUGCAGGAAAAAAAAAUGCAUCCGAGCAAUGGAUGCUCCUCGUAAGCAAAAGUGUGGUCUCUAAUCCGUGUUUGCGCGCGCGCGCGUUUGUGUGUGUGUGCGUCUAUAAUUCGCGUGCGUGUGUGUGAUAAUGCUCGACGCCGCCGCGUGUGUUUGUACGUCGUGUGUGCUACAGUAGAGGCAGCGUUAGAAGAAGAAGAAGAAGAAGCAGUUAUUGUCGCGUGAAAGUGUAAGUGUAUCGAAAUAUGUGCAAGUGUAGAGAGGAGAAUGUAAGUGAAAAAGUCGCAUAAUCGAUGUAGUAGCGUGUGCGUGUUUGUGUGGGAAAAAGUGAUAAAUUAAAGAAAAAAGAGAAAGAAAAGGUUAAGUAUUACUGGAAAAUUGUUUCUCCCGCCAAGUGUGUGUGUGUGUGUGCGCGCGCGCACCAAAUCCUCUCUCGUGAGUUGAAUGCGCUUAGUGUAUAUGUGCAUUUAUGCGUCGCCGUGUGGUGUGUGCACGCGUGUUCGCGUGUGUAUGUGUGUCAGAGUUUAGUGUAAUCGUGCGUGAGUGUGUGUAGCAGUAGUAGUACCGGAUCCGUCUCUGUGUGUACGAUUGUCAUGAAUAUUGUGUCGCGCACAGUCGUCGUCACCAUUGUUGUUUGCAAGUGAGAAAAAACGUUCUUGAAGAGCCUAAGGCGGCGGGCAGUGUAGUGUACGCAGGAGGAGGGGAAACAGGCGAAAAGUACGUCUCGCCGCUCCCCUUCCCCGCCCCGAUCGCAAUAUGUUGGAAUCGAACUCGCGCCGUGCGAGCAGAACAGUAGCGGCCGCCGAACAGCAGCAGCAGCAGCAGCAGCAGCACCACCGCUAAGUGGGUGUUGCCGCGUCGUUUCACCGGAAACUCAAAUACAAACUCACCCCGCCCCGAGAACAACAUAACAAAACAAAUACUAAGGAGCCGAGCGCCAGCCGCCGGCUAGAGAAGGGAAUUCCUACGGCCCCGAAGCGCCCACAGAAGGGGAGAGGAGGAUCACAGCCGCCAGCAGAGAUGGGCGAUCCGAAGAACAAAAAUUCAGCGGCAGGUUCGGCCGGCGGAGCGGGAGGCGCAUCGUCGACGGCGGCUGCCUCCGGCACGACCACCACGACCACGUCGUCGGCGGCCGGACCGGUCACAACGCCGCAGCAGCAGCAGCAGCACCAUCAGCCGCCCUCGCAUCAUCCGCACGGGCCGCCGCAUCCACAUCACCACCAGCAGGGGCCGCCGCCGCCGCAUCAUCCGCACGGGCCUCCCCAUCCGCUGCACAUGCCGCCCCAUCCGCACCACCACCCGCACCACCAUCCGGGCGGACCGCCGGGGGCGGCCGGUGGGGAGCAUCAGCAGCCGCCACCACCGCCGGGUCAUGGGCCGCCACCUCCGCCCCACCACCCGUACGACCAUCACCAUCCCGGGGCGGGCGAUGCCCCGAACGGCGGCGGGGGUGCAUCCGGCGGCGGCAAGGAUGACGGACCGCCGCCACCGCCCCACCACGGGCACGGUGGGCCGCCGCCGCCGCCCAUGGGCCACCACCAUCAUCAGAUGCAGCAUCACGGGUACGGGCAGCCGCCGCCGCCGCCCAUGCAGCAUCAGCAGCAGUACGCGCCCCGCUACCACCACCACCAUCCGCACCAUCCGCACGAUCCGAACGUGCAGGGGCCGCCGCCGCCGCCCCCGGGCGCCGGCGCCCCGGACCCGUACGCGCACUAUCACCAUGCGCACCGUAUGAGUGCGGCGGCGGCCGCCGCUGCAGCCGCAGCAGCCGCCGCCGCCUCGUCCGGGGGUGGCGGAGGAGCGCCCGGCAGUGCAGGGCCGGGCGGGUCCGGUACGCCGCCGCCCCCCUCGCCACAGCAGCAUCCGGGCGGGAAGCCGGCGGCCGCGGCGGCCGCCGCAACUGCAGCCGCCGCCGCAGCAGCAGCCGCCACCGGCAGUCCGAUGCAUGGGCGGCACGGUCGCUACAUGUCUCAGCAGCCGACGGCAGCUGGUGCGGGCGGCGGUGCCGGCCAGCCACCGCCAGGCGGUGGAGCGGCAGCCGCCGGCCAGCCGCCCGGUGGACCGGCAGCCGCCGGCGGCCCGACGCCGACGCUCAACUCGCUGCUCCAGUCGCACCCGCCGCCGCCACCGGGCCAUCCGGGGGCGCCGCACCAUCGCUAUCCGCCCGGCGGGUACGAUCCGUCGGCCGGCUCGCCCCAGGGCCAGCAGCCGCCCGGUCCGGGUCAGCCGCCGGGUCCGCCGGGCGGUGGACCGCCGGGCCAGGGCCAGCCCGGUAUGCACCCGUACCACGGGGGACAUCAGCAGCAGGGCUGGGCGCCGCCACCCCGACCCUACAGUCCGCACUCGCAGCCGUAUCGGCCGCCGCCACCGGGUAAUACCGGACGAGGACAGUCACCAUAUCCGCCGGGGCCACCGGGCCAAGCGCCCGGCGGCGGCUACCCACCGCCGCAGCCACCCGCCGCCGGCCAGGGAUCGCAGCAGCCGCCCGGGCCCCCGCAGGCAGCCGGCGCUGGCCAGCCCGGCACCGGGGCCGGCGGCCCGCCCGGCCAGGGACCACCGCCGGCGGGUGGCCCUGGCGGGCCCGCGGGCGGAGCGCCCGGCCAGUCACCACAGCACCAUCCGCCCACCUCCCAGGGACCGCCCGCCAACGCGCAGUACACGCCCUACCAGCCGCAGCGCUACCCGACGCCCGGCGGUCCCAACGCACCGAACCAUCGCACCCCGUACCCUCCGCAUCAGUAUGAACCGGUCAGGUCGUGGCCAUCGCCAGCAGCUAGCCCGGGACCGGGUCCGGGCCACAUGCCUCCCUCACCACACGGACCCCCGCAGAGUCCUGGGCAGCAGCAGCAACAGCAGCAGCACGGUGGCGGCCCCAGCCCGUCACCGCAGCCACCGCAGCCGGCUCCCUCACCACAUCAGGUACGUGACACCGGCUUCUUCCUCUCGCAGAUUGGUUCGGACGAGCUUCGGAGUGUAGAUUCGACGGGUCAAAACAGUAAUGACAGCACGACGGGAGGUAGUGGCGGGCCCGGCAAUUCUGCAGGACCAACGGGCAUCCACGGUGCACCCGGCACACCGAACUCCUCCUCUUCGUCGUCGUCUCAGGGCAUGAGGCCAACGCCGUCGCCAACCGGUUCUGGUAGCGGGUCGCGUUCCAUGUCACCGGCAGUAGGCCAACAAAGUAUUUCGAUGCCUCCUCGUCCAUCCAGCAGUCACUCGCAAGCGCCAAACCAGCAACAGCAAGGACCGAACCAUCAGCACGGCGGCAGCAACAGCAAUCUCGUGCACGGUCAGCAGCAGCAGCAGCAGACGCAAGGACCACCGCCAGGAACACCGGAACACCACGCCCGUGUAGCCUCGCCGAAUCGUCCCCCGUCGGCUUCCGCCCAGCAGCAGCAGCAGCAACAACUUCCGCCAGUGUCGUCCGCACCCGCGGGCGGCCCAGCGUUACCGCCGUCGUCGCAGGCAGGUGCCGCCGGAGGGUCGGCAGCAGCGGCCUCCGCGAUGGCCGCCCAAGGCUACCCGGCGCAACCGCCCCAUCCACCGCACAUGCACGGUGGCCCGUACAAGAUGGGCCCGGGUGGCCCGGGAGGCAUGCCGCCGGGUGGGCCCGGCCAGCAGAUGUCACCUUACCCGCCACCCCCGCACCAGCAGCCACCUCCGCAGUCGCAGCAGUAUUCACCACACUCGCCCGCGAGUUACUCGCCGCGUCCGCAAUACCCGGGAGCGUACGGCCCGUCGCCACCGGUGCCGGGGCCGCCGCCACCGCCCGGCACCCAGUCGGCCCAGGGUCCGCCCGGCAGCGGGGGUCCGCAACCGCCACACCCGCCGCCGCCCGGCGGCUAUCCGGGACAGCACCGGAUGCCGAACCACGUGGGUGCCGGGGGACCACCGCCACCGCCCCACUCGCAGUACCCUCCGCACCAGUAUCCGCACCAGCCGCCAAGCCCCUGGGGACCACCGCACACGCAGCAGGCCGGCGGCCCGGGUGGAGCCGGCGCGGGCCAUGUAAAUAAUCAUGUACAGCAAUCGCAACAGGGCCAGGGCGGGCCACCGACGCCCGGCGGUGCCGGCGGACCGCGGCAAGUCAAGGGAAUGCCGCCCGGUCCGCCGGGAGCUGGCGGCGUACAUCCGCAGUCGCCCCAGCAGCAGCAGCAGCAACACUCCCAACACCAUCAGCCACCGCCACCACAUCAUCAGCCGCACCAUCAGGCGCAUCAUCAGUCCCCGCACCAUCCGGGCGGCCAGUCCCAGCAGCCGCCGCCCCAGAGCGGUUCGCCCCAGCCGCUCAACUACCUGAAGCAGCACCUUCAGCACAAGGGCGCGUACAGUGGAGCGCCCAGCCCGACGCCACCGCCCGGCCAGGGGUACGGCAACGGGCCCGGAAUGCAUCCACCGAUGGGUCCGCCACACCACAUGGGCCCCCCGAUGGGGCUGCCGCCGCCACCGAACGCGAGCAGCAUGGGUCCGCCGCCACCGGCCGGUACACCACCGAACCAGUCACCGUCCGGUGCGGGCGGCAGUGGCGCCCUCGGACAUCCGCAGCACCCGUCGCAGCAGGACGGCGGGCAUCCGCCUUCGCCGCACGGGCAACAGCAGCAGCAGCAGCCUCCGUCGCAGCCCCAGCACCCCGGGCAGCAGCAGCAGUCGCAACAAUCGCAGCAGCAGCCUCCCCACUCGCCCCACCAUCAUCCGCAUGGGCCACCGCCGCCGCCCCACCAGCAUCCGGGCCACCAUCCCGGUGCCGAUGUGCCGCCGCAGCCACCACACCACGGGCUGCUGGCGGGAGCGGGCCAGGACAACGGUAUCGGCAAUGCGGCUGGCGGGCCGGGAGCAGGAGGAGGAGCGGGUGGAGGUCCACACCAUCACCAUCAUCCCCAUCAUCAUCAUCCAGUUACCUCACUCGUUACGACGGGACCUGAUGGCGCUCCACUCGACGAAGCCAGUCAGCAGAGCACCUUAUCCAAUACCUCAGUAGCUUCCGGAGAAGAUCCCACGUGCUCGACGCCGAAAUCGCGGAAAAACGACCACUACAACCAAAGCCAUCUGACGAACACCAACACGCCGUCGUCGUCGAAUGCGUCGCCCGGACCGCACAACGCACACGAAGACUUUGAGCUCAACUCGUCCCCCACAUCCUGGCCGCGGACGCCAGCUAGUCCAGUAUUUAACAGUCACGUUCCUCCGACGCCGGAGACACCUUUUAGAUCCACUAAGCAGAAAUCGGACAGCUUGAACAAGCUGUACGAGAUGGACGACAAGCCGGACCGGCGCGUGUUUCUGGACAAGCUGCUGGCGUACAUGGACGAGCGAAGGACCCCGAUCACGGCCUGCCCGACGAUCUCGAAGACACCGUUGGAUCUGUACAAGCUGUACGUGUACGUGCAGGAGCGCGGCGGGUUUGUUGAGGUGUGUAAGGUUACCAAGAGCAAAACGUGGAAGGACAUCGCCGGCAUGCUCGGGAUUGGGGCGAGCAGCAGUGCCGCCUACACGCUGCGCAAGCACUACACCAAGAAUCUGUUGCCGUUUGAGUGCAAGUUCGACCGUGGCGGUAUCGAUCCGGGCCCGAUCAUUGCGCAGGUCGAAGCCGGUUCGAAGAAAAAGUCUGCCAAAACGACCUCCGUUCCAUCGCCGGGAUCAUCGAAUUCGCAAGACUCGUUCCCAGCGCCCGGCAGCAGUAGUGCCUCGAUGGAUGGCUACGGACCGUACCCGGGCAGUGGCUAUCCGCCCGGCUCCACGCCGGACUAUGUGCAGCAGCAGCAGCAGCAGCAGCAGCAGGGUGCUGCCGGUGGCCCACCGGGUGGUCCACCGACGCCCGGUGCCCCAGCGGGCCCGGGACAGCAACAGCCGCCACAGCCCCAGCAGAGGCCACCCUCGCAGCAAAGUGGCACCCAGUCUCCUCAUCCAGGUUCAGCACCGCCUGCCUCUGGCGAUAACAUUAGCGUGAGCAAUCCCUUUGAUGAUCCCGUGGGUCCACAGCGUCCCCCGUAUCAGCAGGGCGCUCCCUAUCCACCGGUUUCACGUCCCCAAGGUGCUCCUUACCAGGGACAGCCGGGUGGUUACGGGCAGUACGGUGCCCCAGAUCAGUACGGACCGGGGGCGGGCACACCGCCCGGCCAGUAUCCACCGCCGCCCGGCCAGCAGGGACAGUAUCCUCCAACGAAUCGGCCGCUGUACCCACCGUACGCACCACCGGAAGCCGGAGAAGGAUCUCUCUACAGAGGCACACCACCAUCGUCGGCGGCCCCCGGACCGCCAUCGGCAGCCGAUCCGUACCGGGGCUACGGCAGCUCACCCUACCCGCCGCCACCGCAGCAACGAGCGUACCCGCCGCAGCAGCAGCCAGUCGUCAGUGCGGCCCCCGGCGUUCCGCCCGCUGGUACGCCUCCGAUUCCGGGCCAAACGGGUGGUGCCGCCCAAGGGCAGGUGCCGCCGGGAGGAGGACCACCAUCUCAACAGCAGCAGCAACAGCAGCAGCAGCAGCAACCGCAGCAAGCGCCGCCUCCGCAGCAGCAACCGGGCGCCCAGGGCCAGCCGGGUGCACCGGGCGGAGGCUAUCCGGCACCGGUCGGUCAGCCAGGCGUGCCACAGUCGGCCGCCGACUACUACCGACAGCAGCAGGAACAGGCUCUUCCCUACCCACAGCCCAACCAGCCCCGGCGCCAUCCGGAUUUCGAAAAGAGCCAACAGCCCUAUCCUCCCUACCAGCAGCGGCCUCAGAUGUAUCCAGGUGGAUGGCAGGCAGGUCCUGGUGGACAAUACCGUGGUCAGUAUCCUCCGCAGAGCCCCCAGCAGCAGUGGGCGCACAAUGGUCCCCGGCCGAGCGGUCCGCCCGGUCCGCCCGGUGCUGGUGUCCCGCCCGGUGGUCCGCCCGGUGCUCCCAGUCAGUGGGGAGCGACCGCGGAUGUGAAUCGUUACCCUCCCAGCCAGCAACAGCCACCAUAUCCGACGCAUCAGCAGGGACAGCAGCAGCCCUGGAACCAGAUGCCACCGACGUCACAGAACUCACCGAUCCGGCCACCAAUGCGCGGUGGCAAACCGUACCCUCCGAUGGCAGGGGCCGGUGGUCCGGGUGUUCCGGCGCCGCCCGGCACGAUGCCGGGAAUGCCACCGGCUAGCAUCAACACACCGCCGCAACCGCCGGGCGUUGUCGGUGGUCCGCCAGGAGCGGCGCCAGGAGCCGCCGGUGGACCGGUCGUGCCCGUCAGUGGCGGUCCGCCCGUCGUUCCCUCCCCCGGCGGCGGCGUAGUAGUGCCCGGUAGCGGUGUUCCUUCCGUGGCUGGCAGUGUUGGCAGUGCCGCCGGCACGCCAGGAGCAACGCCAGUCCCGAACGCUUCGCCCGCGGUUGCCGUCAAAACGCAGCCAACGGUGCAGGGCGGCGGUGGCCAGGUGCAACAGGCCGGUCCGAACUUCCCGCCCGCCGGCAGCGGCGGUGUCCAGCAGAAGCGGGACAUCGUGUUCCCGUCGGACAGUGUGGAGGCGACCACGCCCGUACUGUACCGGAGAAAGCGCAUCACGAAGCUGGACAUCGGGCAGACCGAUGCGUGGCGGAUAUUCAUGGCCCUUCGGUCGGGGCUGCUGGUGGAGAGUACCUGGGCACUGGACGUGCUGAACAUCCUGCUGUUCGAUGACUCCUCCGUGGCUUACUUUGGCCUAGCGCAUCUGCCGGGGCUGCUGAAUCUGCUGCUCGAUCACUUCCAGAAGAGCUUGUGCGACAUGUUCGAGAGUGGCAAGCGGGAGGGCACAACCAAUCGGUUCAGCGUUGAGGGCUCCGAUCGGGCCGCUCUGCUCGACCAGAUGCGAGAUAUCGAUGAGGAAGGCGAGGAGGCGCAAAGGGAGGAAGAGGCGACGGGUAGGAAUAGAUCGUCGUCGAUCGCCGUAACCACUACCACUACCGAAACGACCAUCAAGCUAGAGCCAGCGUCACCGAUGAUGACAACGACGAUGACGACGACCACCACCACCACCAUGAUUAAGCAGGAGAAGCUCGAGAAUGGUUUACCAGAGGGGGGUGAUGCGUCGUUGCACCAUAACGGAACGCGCGAUGGUGGUGAUAGUAAAGCGGCCAGCAACGGCACCGGCUCGACGAUAGACAGGCGAAGAAGCGCCCAGUGCUAUGCGCGACGCAACAUCAAACGGUGCGACUCGAGCGUGGAGCUCGACCUGGGCGCGGUCAAGAACCCACCGAACCCGGAGGAGCGCACCCUGAUACUGACGUCGACCACGAACUACACGAUGACGUCGCGCAAGGGCCGCCCGGUGAAGAUCCAUCCGGCGGAGGACGACGUGUUUGUGCUCGACCACCGGCGCGACUGGGACCGGGCGUCCGACUACCAGUACCAGCGCGACACCGAGGUCGGGGGCGACCCGUGGACGGCCGGCCACACCGAUCCGGACCCGCACGACUACAUCAUGGAUACGUUCCGGGCCGAGUUUGUGAACAUUCCAUUUGCGAAGUACAUCAAAACCAGCGCCAAGUACGCCGAGGCCGCCAAGGCGAACGGUGGUCGGAACGGCAAGCGGAUAGCGGCGGCCAACAAUAAUAACAAUUGCAGCAACAAUAACAACAACAACAACAACAGUGUAAAGUGUACAAGUAAAAACGAGCGCGAAGAGCCGCAGCAGGAGAACGCCGCGGUCGAGAAUAGUGCCGCCGCUGCGGCUACGACAGCGACGGUGAAAAACACGUCCGACGAAGCGCCGCCCACGUCGAUGGAGGUGGAGGAAGAGGAAGAGCUGCUCUCGCCGCCGAAGCGAAGGAAAGAGGACCCGCAUCUGUCGCCGGCCGCUACGCCGACGUUACGCACGCGCAAAGAUCACCACAUCGCCCGGCUGAUGAAUGGCGAGAGUGGCGAGGAGGAGGAGGGGCAAGCGAAGGAGAAGAGUGAUAGCGGCCUGGUGGACAAAGUAGUUAAGAACUGUAUAGUGAAGAAAGAGAAGGCAGCAGAGGAGAAGGAAGCGACCGAGACGGGCGACAAAACGACUGCCGCCGGCACAAAGGGCGGCACCGCACCGGCCCCGUCGCCGAUGGAUGCGGACUGUCGGGAGAUCGACAUGGAGCUGGAAAAGUCCUCGACGCUGUCGAACGGGCCGCAGGAAGCGGGAGCGAAGGAUCACCGGGACGGCAGCGAGUCUCGAACGUCGACCACGCCUGACCCCGAACAGAAGAAGCUGCCGAAGGUGGAAGCAAAUCAGCCGCCACCGUCCCCGUCAGCUGCUUUAAAAUCCUCCGAAGAAAAGAUGGAUGUCGAUGAAGAGGCAGCAGCAGCAGGGGAGCAGCAGAAGGAGGAGGACAGUGCGACCACGACGUCGGCGGAGGUAGCGACGAAAGCGUUCGACAUUGCGGAAACGGUACGCGAUCCAGCGCGCGUGCUGAAGCGGCGCCGGAUGAGCGAUUACGAGGACGAGUGCUACACGCGGGACGAGGCGAGCCUGUACCUGGUGACCGAGGGUCAGGAUGCGCUGGCGCGGCGCUGCGUCGCCAUAUCGAACAUCCUGCGCAAUCUCACCUUCCUGCCGAACAACGAGACGGAGUUCUCGAAAUCGUCCCGCUUUCUGGCGAUACUGGGCAAGCUGCUGCUGCUCAACCACGAGCACCCGCUGCGCACGAAGAAGACGCGCAACUACGACCGCGAGGAGGAUGCCGACUUCUCCGACUCGUGUAGCAGCCUGCAGGGCGAGCACGAAUGGUGGUGGGACUUUUUGGUGCAGAUCCGGGAGAACAUGCUGGUGGCGACGGCCAACAUCUCCGGCCAGCUCGACCUGUCGCGCUUCGACGAACCGAUCUCGCGCCCGAUUCUGGACGGGCUGCUGCACUGGGCGGUGUGCCCAUCGGCCCACGGGCAGGAUCCGUUCCCGACGCUCGGCCCGAAUGCGGCCCUGUCGCCCCAGCGGCUCGCCCUCGAAGCCCUCUGCAAGCUGUGCGUGACGGAUGCGAACGUGGAUCUGGUCAUCGCGACGCCGCCCUUCUCGCGGCUGGAAAAGCUGUGCUCGGUGCUGACGCGCCACCUGUGCAAGAACGAGGACCAGGUGCUGCGCGAGUUUUCGGUGAACCUGCUGCACUAUCUGGCGGCCGCGGAUAGCUCGAUGGCCCGGACGGUGGCGCUACAGUCACCGUGCGUGUCCUACCUCGUGGCGUUCAUCGAGCAGGCGGAACAGUCGGCGCUGGGCGUUGCCAACCAGCACGGCAUCAACUUCCUGCGCGACAACCCGGACUCGAUGGGCACCAGCCUGGACAUGCUGCGGAGGGCUGCCGGUACGCUGCUCCACCUAGCGAAGCAUCCGGACAACCGGCCGCUCUUCAUGCAGCAGGAGCAACGGCUGCUGGGGCUGGUGAUGAGCCACAUACUGGACCAGCAGGUGGCACUCAUCAUUUCCCGCGUGCUGUACCAGUGCUCCCGGGGGACGGGUCCGCUCACGACGAUGGAGAUCGAAUCGGGCGGCAAAGCAUUCACCGCCAGCAACUCGUCUUCUACUGGAGCAGCAGCAGCAGCAUCGGCUGCAAACUCCACCGCUUCGUCCGUGAUGGAAGCGAAAGGUGGAGCGACGGAUGCAAAGGCUCUGCUAUCUGCCUCCAGCAUGUCCACGAACGGUGGCAGCAUUGCCGGCGGUCCUUCCUCUCCGAGUGCGACGCAUGCAAGUAACAGCAGCGCGUCCACGCCGAACGGCGCCGCCAGUAAUGCGGUGACAGCCGCAACGAAUGGACAGGCGGCAUCGGACGAGUUUGCUACGCCGUCGACGCCUUCGGCCACCAUUGCCGCUAACGAAAGCGCUGACAGUAAAGCUGCCUCCGCCAAUGCCUCCUCCCCAGCCGGACCGAGCUACGAGGAAUCCGGCGCAUCGUCGCCGACCACGCCUGCCGAACAUGGUGCAUCAUCGAUGGCAAACAUGGGCACUUCGUCGCCCGCAGGCAUCGGUACGGAGGUGGUAAACCCUAGCACGGGUUCAGCAGCCACAAACAACACCUCCAACAGUAACUGCAGUAACAGUAGCAGUAGUAACAGCAGCAGCAGCAGCAGCAGCAGCAGUAGUAGUAGUGGGAAUACCGUUCCCACGAGUCCGUCAGCCGUUACAACAGCAGCAGCAACCUCCCCUGCCGCCAGUGUGGCCCCGUCUUCGCAACAUCCGAUAACCGCUUCGUCGUAGUGGAAGCGGAAUGUAUCUUACUGAAGCUCGAUAGUAGUGCUACACCAGCAGAAGCUGUAAUGCAUGUGGACGGUUAACGGUGGUACACGUACGGCUGUUAUCGUCAUGUAUAUCGAAGUUUAUAUAUAUAUACACACACACACUGACACAAAAAGUUAUUUAUAGUUACACAAACAAAAACACACACACAAACACAUAUAUGAAUAUAUAUAUUUAUAGGAAUAUAUAUUUAGCAAAAUGAAAUGGAACACACACACACACGCACGCGUGGCGAUCUAUGAAGGGAAGAAUCAUUGGAUAUGAUCAAAUCAAGCAAAAACACAUAAAAACUCAUACAGAAAAUGGUUUAAAAUUUGCGGGUAGCAUAAUAGUAGAGGCGGCGGCUGUAUUAGAGAACAUGAAAACAUGAAAACGAAACAAACACAUACAACAACAACAACAAAAAGAAGAAAAACAAACUGAAAUCGCGUAUGUAGAGAGGAAAGUGAAAGAGGAAAAUGGAAGAGCAGAAUUAAUACAAAACACACACACACCUGGGGGCGCAGGUUAAACGGGGUCGGUAGCAGGGGGAUACUUUCAUUGGUAGCUACAGUUGUAAAAUGCAGGUGUAGGGGGGCGGUGGGCAGGAGGGGAGUUAGAUUUUAAAACAGCCACAACACAACACAGUAUCCAACUAUUAGACACUGUAACACGCGCCCGGACACACACACACACAAACGCACACACGCACCACAGCUCGAUACACAUUCGAGGACACGCGAGCGAGUGUGUACGAGCAAUGUAAAUUAACAAACAAGUAAUUUGGACUGCAUUUUGUGGUGAAUUUAACGAAACACCCCGCGCGGGGCCUUCUCGCGAAGGACACUGGUGGAACUUGCCUGUGUAUGUAUGCCACCCCCCCCCCCCCCCCCACGUGGACAAGUAACACGUGCUUUCGUUGUGUUUCUUUCGUGCAAUGUGCAAAAUCUGUCUCAUCCUUUAGAUACGAUUAUUGCGUGCGUGUUACAUUGCCUUUAGAUCAAACUGUGUGUUUUUUUUACAUUUCUCUCUCUCUGAAAUACCGGGUUUUUUUUAUUAUGCAUUGUACAGUCAAAAUAAACGAAAGGGUCGAAUGGAUUAAUGCAGCAGCAGCGGCAAGAGCAGUGCUGUGUAUAGCAACAACUUUUAAAACACAUGACAAAUGCAGCUGCAGCAGCAGCAGCAGCAGCCGUAACAGCGCGUAGCUUGUAUAGGAAGAAAUAACGAUUGUUUCGAAGAUCGUCGACGAUCAGAUCAGAUCACGUCGAAUGUUGCGUUCCCAUUUUAGGUCUUCUUUGGUUUUAAUGCCCAUUUUUACCGCUAGCUGAAAAGUGCGGUACAAUAAUAGAACACUAAAAAUGGGAGAAAGAAUAGAACACAAUUACUUUGUGCUUGCUAAGAGAGAGAGAGAGAGCGAGAGAAAGUAUUACGCUACAACAAUUACACAAACACACGUCGUGCGUAAAGUCUACACCGAAUGCAGGGUUUUUAGUUUGUACAGAGCAGUCAGCAGUAUCUUGACUCUUUAACAAUCGAGUUAGAUACGUAAUGUAAAUGGAAAGGACGAGUAGAAGUGGUGUGUGUGUGUGUGCGUGUAGAGCAUGAUGUGAGCUCUUUCUUUCUGUAGAAAAAACACUCCCCGCUGCUGCUGAAAUUAUAUAGUGAAAAUAGAUGAAAAUGUAAGCAAAAUAUACUCUCACUUACAAAGCAAAAAAAAACAGACAGUGCGCAUGGUGUGUGUGUGUGUGUGUCUGUGUGCAUCUUGUUGUCUCCCAUGCGCGCCCCAAUUAUACGAGAGAGAGAGAGAGAGAGAGUGUGGGAAAGAAGGAACUCUUCCAAAGGCGCUCCUCCCUUUGCUAUGACAAACAAAAGAAGGGAUUUUGUGUAAAUAGUUAAGCUAACAAAUAAGCAGACGAUAGCGUAAAUGUGACGUGUGUGUGUGUUGGGAUGUGAAGAAGGUCCGAGAACAGCAGCGAAUUGGGGCAGCAUAGAUUAAUCGAAAUGUGUUACAGCGCAGCGCAGUGUAGUACUACAUAGUUGAUCCAGUUUUACAACAAAAUGCGGGGAAAGUGUAGGAAAACAACAACACAACAACACGAUUGUGUGUGCGUGCGUGCGUGCGUGUGUGUAUGUGUGCGUGUGCUCUGUAUUGCGCCCGAUGAGAUAUUGUAUAGUAAAGUAAUUAGUAAUUGUGUAUAACGCUUAAGAACGGGAUAGGUGCGUGCCGUGUGUAUGAUGUACAUAUAUGGAUAAUAAGCAGUAAAAGCAUUAUUUAGGUAUGAGCGUGUGUGUGCGCGCGUGCAAGAGGGAAAACCAGGAAUAAAAAGCAGGACAGCGCAUCGUUGAGCUUUUGAUGAUUAAAGGCACUGUAGUGCACUAGUAGUAGUAGUAGUAAAGGUAGGGUAGUGUACUCUAGCAAAGUAAUAGCAGGUAGUAGAGAGUGAGUAUAGAGUAGGCGAAAAGACACGCAACGCAACAUUCCCGUGCUGUGUGUAAGGAGGUGGGGACAGGGAUAACAGGCACACAACACACCCUGGCUCUCUCUUUCUCUCUCGCUCUCUGUUUCCGAUCGCUUGUGGUGGGCUUUCGGCGAUGAGAGGAGCGUUGGUGAGAGCAAAUCCUCCCUCCAAAACAGUGCGUUCUUGCGCGUUCGGCUGUCGUCUUGGAGCAGGGUGUGAUAAUCCAAUAGAGAUCGUGUCUCAUGGGUGGUGGUGGUGCUUAUGAUGAUCAGCCCCCGGCUCCACUCCUGUUUAAGCCCGUUUGUAUGGAAAAGAAUCUCUGCAAUGUUUAACAUUAUUCGUUGGUCAUUCUGUGGCGUGCGGUUUGUGCUGUGUACAGAAGGCUGGGUAGCAAGGAUCAUGCUUUUUUUUUUACCACACACACACACACUCACUGUGAUUUUGUUAGAACCCCCCUUUUUAAAACCGGAAAUGAGGAGGAGAAGUUGUCCCCGUCGCUGUGGUGUGUAUGCACGUGCAUUGUGGUGUAUGUAUGUGUACACACACACACACAGACACUAUGGUUUACUUUCCUUUCAUUGCUAUUGUGCUUGGUCGGGGUCGGCGCUGUCUGUCUGUACUGUAAAUGUUCGCUUACGUUGCGUUAAUCACUCGUAAAGCAAAUGUGCUGUUUGUUGUUGUUGUGUGCUAGAUUUGUGAGGAUAAAAACAAUAUUUGCUUCAUAACGAGGAAAACCAAGAAACGCUAAAAGAAGUUGUGUGUUGAAGCAUCGAACUCUAGGGAAGUAACGGGCCGAGAAGCGAGAAGGAUUCAAGAAGCAGGACACACAUUGAUAAACACACACACGCGCACGCGCACACGCGCAGGAAGCUUUAUUAAAACUGCAAAAUGGAUGAUGUAGUAGAAGGAGAACCACGUGGUGGGUGGGGUGGGUUUGUCAUCAACUUGCGCUUGACGGAUAGUAUGGAGUGGUUUUUGCAGAUUUAUUUGGAAAAUUCUCCUCCACCCCCCUACCUGUCUGUCUCUGUGCCCGUAUGCUGUAUGUCUUGUGUGUUGAGGGCGCAUGAUCGUAUCGGCAUGAUUGUCGUGUUUGUAUAUGUGAAAUAGUAAAGUGAGUGCUUGUGCUAAGAUGAUUAGUUUAAGAACGAUAAUUUAAUUACCCUUGUAGGUUAGUUAUAGCGGGAGGGGGGAAAUAUGAAACGAACGUGCAAGUGUUGUACGUACAAUUGGCAUUGGAGACACAAAAACAGGAUGCAACAAAAAAAAAAAACAAAAACAAAAGAAAACAAAGCUGUACACAAAUAAGUUGUAAUGAAAACACACACAAAAAAACCACGCGGAAAGAGUGUGGUGUGCACUAAAUGAAGUUAAAAUCGCUUUGUGUCUUUUAAAAAUGUAAUCCCUUUAGGCGCAUGCAUAGGAGAGCACCACGCACACACACAGGGCGGAUGUGUGUGUGUGUGUGUUGGUGUGUUGUGCAUUGGAGUGAAUUUCGGAGCGUAUGUGAAUCUGUGGGCACACGCGGGGGAGCGUUUGAGAGAGAGAGACAGCGAGAGAGAAACACAAGUUGCAAAUAUUUAUUACAAAAAGAAGGAUCAAAGCAGAGAUCAUACAACAACAACAAACAAACAAAAGCACAUACAGACAAGCGGUGUAUAACUAUUAUUAUUAUAUAGGUAAAGCAAAGUGUAGUAGAGAUAAAAGUAGAAAAACACAGUACGUGCACACACACAACAAACAAACAAACAAACAAAAAACACGCGUACUCUUGUGGACUUGGGUGGGUUUAGUAGUAUUCUAGUGAAAAACAGAAGCAAACAAAAGUGGAGAAAAAACAUACAAUCGCACACACACAUAGAGAGAAACACUAAAAAGGAAGAGGAGGGAGAAGGGGAGUGGUAGUGUUAGUAGUACUUUCGCUUUGAUUGGUGAUGAUUGUAGAACCGACAACUAGGAAAGAAAGAGCAAAAAAAUGGAGGAAAAUGUAGAAAAGUUCCCCUUUGCAAAUUGUAGGAACAAUAGAGAAAAUGUGUGACUGCGCGUGUGUGUCCGUGAAGCGCAAAAGAAUAGGGAAGCAAAAAUCGAUAACAUAGAGCGUGGGCGACUCCACGUGCAAGAAGAAGGACGAUAAAUAGCAGGAAGGUGAGAUGAGUGAAAACAGACGAAUGAAUGGGACGAAAUGAAUGAACGAAUGCCACCAAAACUGGCAGGCGAGAAUGAAUGGCUGUGUGUGUCAGCAGCAGCAAGCACACCCAGAUAUGGUUAAGGUGGGAAAAGGAGGGAGGGAAAAAACAGCUGUAAUAAUUUUACGCCUAACAAGUCCUCUAAUAUGUGUAUAAUAGUAUACGCGCGGUGCACUAGAAGAAGAAGUAGCAGCAGCAGCAGAAGCAGCAGAAACAAAGCGGGAAAAUUGAUAAAGCGCCCCGGGAAUUGUGGAUGUUUGCCCCUUAUAUGUAUGUAGAAAACAAACAAAAACACACACACACAAACAAUUGAUAACAACCGAAGAAGGGAAAUGCUUGUAGUAGAAGGGGGGAAGGGUUGGGUGCGCUGUUACGCGUAGUGUGUGGAGAAGAGCAAAGAGGAAAGUCUUUUCUCCAUCCGCAGGACACAAGUAUAUAACUAAUAAAAAAUACAGCAAAAAAAAACAACAGCAGUAAACUGGCAGAUGCCCACAUACAUACACACACACACAUACACAGAUACCCGUGAUUCCUGCGAAGAAGAAGAAGAACUGGCAAAAACAAACGUGUAGAGUGCGACACUGGAUAAAGAAGGAAUUAUUAAAGAUGCACACACACACACACACAUGCAUGCAUAUUAAUACACACACACACUAUACAUGCAGGGCAAUGCGUGAAGAAGAGAACUGUUGUGUGCAGGAAGGUGUGUGUGUGUGUGUGUGUGGGUCAGCGAAUGAAAGGAAGAAAAAGGAAGAAGAAAAAAAACAAAGUAUAUUACGGAAAAGAAAAGGAGAAAAUAUUUGUAAUUACUAUUAUUGAUACAUAAAAGUAUAAAUACACUUAGUUUUUUUAAUUAAAAUAAAAAUUGAGAAAAAAUGAAAAACUUAAA